GUGUGAGAGUGUGAGACUAAGCGAGCGUUCGGGGCGAGAGAGAGAUCACCGUUUGCUAUGACGGUCUCUUGUUUUGUUUUGACUGCCGACCGUCCAGGUGCGCGCACAUGUGCUCCAUGACUUCAAGCAGGACCUGUCUGUCUGCCAAGGCGAACACCAAAAUCACCAGCAUCCUCACCGACAUCAUCAUAAUUUGCUGCUGCUGCUGCAUCCCGCCGAACAGCACAGCAGCUCUGGCUAUAAUUCCGCACGCGUUCAGAGAAGAUUACAGCGCGGAGAGGACCCCGCUGGUGCGGCUGAAGAGCCUCGUACCGGACAGGCACGGAGCACCGCGGGGGGAGGAGGAGGAGGAACGCGGCCGUGCUGUUCGCCGCUCCUGAAUUCAUGCACUCAUAUGAAGAUACUCAGCCCAGAACAGGCUGCAGAGAUGCGCAUCAAGGCUGCGUUCAGCACACUGCGGGUCUGGCUGCCUCUACUCACACUGGGCUUCUGCGGAUUUGCACACAAGCUUUCAGAUGCGCAGUCGGCGGCAGAGAGGCUCCGCGCGGCACAGUGCGGCACGUGGCUCCGCAACCCCAAUGGGGGGUCCUUCUCCUCCUCCAACUACCCUGGAAACUACCCCCCCGACAAGGAGUGCAUCUACAUCCUGGAGGCCCCGCCGCGGCAGCGCACGGAGCUGCACUUCGACGAGCCGUACUCGGUGGAGCCGUCGUGGGAGUGCAAAUUCGACCACCUGGAGGUGCGCGACGGCCCCUUCAGCUUCUCACCGCUCAUCGGCCGCUUUUGCGGUACCGAGCGACCCCCGCCCAUCACUUCCAAUGGCCGCUUCAUGUGGAUCAAGUUCUACUCCGACGGCGAACUCGAGUCCAUGGGCUUCCGCGCUUACUACAUCUUCCUGCCCGACCCAGAUUUCAGCCACAUGGGCAGCAUCAUCCACCCGCUCCCAGCGUGUGAGUUUGAAGUCAGCGGCGCGGAGGGAAUCCUCAAGUCAGCACAGCUCGAAACCGAGAGCAAGGCAACGGCCAACGAAGCCAUCGACUGCUUUUGGACUAUCCGGGCCACCCCCAAUUCACGGAUCUACCUGCGCUUCCUCGACUACCAGAUGCACCACUCCAACGAGUGCAAGCGCAACUUCAUCGCCGUGUAUGACGGCUCGCGGCUCAUCGACAACCUAAAGGCAAAGUUCUGCAGCACAGUGGCGAGCGAUGUGAUGCUGCAGUCGGGCCUGGGCGUCGUGAGGAUGUGGGCUGACGAGGGCAGCCGCACCAUGACGCACUUCUCCAUGCUCUUCACCUCCUUCCUCGACCCCCCGUGCGAUGGCAGCAUGUUCUUCUGCCACAGCAACAUGUGCAUCAACAGCUCGCUUGUGUGCAACGGCGUGCAGAACUGCGUCUACCCUUGGGACGAGAAGCACUGCAAAGAGAAGCGCAAGGGCAGCCUCUUCCAGCAGAUGACAACCACCAACGGCACGCUUAUCGGCGUCUGCUCGGGCCUCGUGGUGGUGCUCAUCGUGAUCUCCGUCUACGUGCAGCUCAAGCAGCCGCGCAAGAAGCUUCUCCCGCAGCGUGGGACGAGCACCGGGGCCUGCGGCGGUGCCGCCAGCGGCUCGGGCAGCACUGAUGCCGCCUGCCUGCAGGAGGUCCUGGAGCCCCCCCUCUACGACCUCUUCUCCACUGCCAAGCCCAGUGGGGGGCCGGCACGUGACGGCAGAGGGGACGGCGCACGCAACCACGGCACGGGCACGCUGACCGGCUGCCGGCAUGACUCCGUCACCAUGCUGCAUGGCCAAGCAUCUUCCUCGGCCGCUGGCGCCUUCGCCGAAACCUUCACCACCAUUGGCGGUGGCGGAGCACAUGCGGGCGCGGCGUGUGAGCGCAGAGAACUUCGCCGGUGCGCGUCGCUCACGCGUUGCGUGCACGAGCACCACUGCGGCUCCGGCCGGCCGGGCACCCUGCCCUCCUCCUCCUCCUCGACCGCGGUGGCCGGUGGUGGCGGCGCUGCGUGCAUGGCCCGCAGCACGCUUAGCUUGCGCGACCUGCUAUUGCGCCAGGACGCGCCGCACAUGUGCACUGCGUCGGGGGUUGACUGCGGUCACGUCGACCGCCGGAUGGCGUGCAGUGGCGGAGGAGGCGGCAGCAACAGCGCGAGCGUCAGCGGCAGCAGCAGCAGCGGAGGCGGAGUCCGAACAGGUGGAGGAUUUGGGGUUCACGCCGCCCACCGGCUGCCUGGCAGCGCCAUGCAACAGCACCACCACCAUCACCACCAUCAACAAGACCUGCUGCACCACCAAGACCUCCACCACCACCACCACCACCAGGACCUGCUCAGCCAGGAGUUUCUUCACCACCAAGACGUCCACCAGCACCACCAUCAUCACCACCAGCAACAGCAGCAUCAGCAAGACCUUCACCAACAUCACCACCAGCAGCAACAGCAUCAUCAUCAUCAGCCGCACCACCACCAUCACCACCACGAGCAGCAGCAGCACCAGCAGCAGCACAUGGCACUGUCGGCGCACUCGCUGCACUCGUUUCAGUCGCCGGGGGCAAGCGGGCCCGCCGAGGGCCGUGGCCGCAAGAGGAUAUUCACGGUGAAGCGCGGCCUCCCGCUCCCGCCCCACCGCGGCGACCCGGCGGGCGACCCCCGCGAGACGGAGGUGGACGACGAGAGCGAGUGCGAGUGUGACGAAUGCUCGUGUGAGUGUGACGGUCCCGUGCUGCGCUCUGCCUCUAUCCACUUUUAAGCUGCGGCAAACGCCGCCGUUGUGGUGGCGCUGCUCGACUCCUCGUUCUCCGCAAUCCCGUUAUCCGCACGCGUGGACGAUGAUCGCCACGUUUUUUUUAUUAUUAAUCACUUUUUUAUGAUGGUGGUGGUGGUCCUGGUUAUUGGGUGGCUUUGUAAACACCGGGAAUGAAAAGUAGCCACGGAUCUAAUACUGCCAUGGUCAGAACCCUAACUAACUAACCGACUAGGCAAACCAGUCUCAAGUACUAGCCCCUAUUCUGUCCAUAAAUAACUAGGCAACCUGACAUUAUUACUAGCCUUACCAGUGACCAUAACGCUAACCCAGUGACCAACCAAAUGCUAGCCCUAACCAAAUAGCCAACCAGACACCAGUACUCUGUCUUUAACUGACACCCUAACCCCACCAUUCACAUUUCGUCAGACCUUACCGCAGUUCACUGGUGCAGUAAUGGCCCUCGGAGCUCUGCGCUUUGAGCUUGUCGGCGUACCAUCCCUUCAGAACAGAUAAAAAUGAGCACCACUUUGUGAAAAUUCAAAGGGUGGUUCCCUCGAGAGAAUGGCCCCUACCACAGGAACGUGGGCUUUCCACCACUGGCUCUGAGCACUGCACAGUGUUCGUUUGAGCAGUGAGAGGUGACCGGGUCACUAUGAGAUCGGAUUGCUGUGCCGGCACUGAAGAGAACCUGGGUUCGAAUCCAGGUUGCAGUCGCCCAUGAUUUAGCUGGCUUCUCACAUGUAGCGGGUUGGUGUUCUCAAACCAGUCAUCAAUGGCUGCACUGAAAAAAAUCAUACUAAUUUAGUUUUGGCCUUAAUUCGACUAAAUUCCAGCUCUGACAAACGAAAAUAUGCUGCCCGCCUCUUGCGAAUAACGAGGUUACUUCAAGACAUUUGGGAAGCAGUUCUGCGAGCCCUCCUGCGUUACCGUUCUCUCAUGCGGGGACUGUUCUCCCUGCUCUGCAAGACUUCGAAAUGACGUCUCGUGGUACGACUCCGAGAGCACAAUCACGAUAGGUGGGGUGGAAGACAAAAUUUAAUACAAAUGUAAUUAAUUUGCUAAUGGUCUGUGGCUUGAAUAAUGUCACCCAUCGAUGGCUUUACUUGAACUGAACAACUCUAGCUCAACUGUAUCACUCACGCAACAGGCUUUAGCUAUUUGCCCCUGCAAUAUGCAAAUUAUCAAAUUUUAAUUUGUCUUCGUUGCUAGGCAACAGAGAUGAGCGCUGCCCCGUCGCGCGCCAGAGCUCACGGGACACUUCCCCUUUUGACUCCCGAGUCCGCUAAUUAAUAUCCUUCCCUAUUUAAUUUAAUCAGUUUUUGUUUUGCGACACCAAAACAUCCGAUGAUAGAAAGGGAAAAAAACUGCUUGGAUAUCAGCCGUUUACAAAUCCUCACAGUGUUUUAGUUCAAGGCCUCGCAUCGUAACAUUUGAUCUCCGACUGAUUCCAAGCUCAGUGAAACUGCUCUGACAAUGUGACGCGGUGAAGUAAAGUGAAUAGGACAACACGGCACAAUCACAUCAAUGCCUGUGGCUCCUCGGUGGCCGUGCUAGGCUCAAGCAAACCAAGCAAAAGAUUCAGGUCACAAGUAGCACAAGGUGCCCUCCAAUCAUGGUAUCGUCGCGGCGAAUCUUUCCAUGGCCUAGCCCAUCUUAUAUGUAUUGCCUCUCUCAUCUCCUUGUAUGUCCCCUCUCGUCCCCUUCGUUCCCAAUGUUCUCUCUCUCUGUCUCUCUGUCCCUCCUCCUCCUCCCCGUGCCCAGUCCCAUUUUCGGUUAUUUUCCCUCCUUGUACUUCUCCACUGGAGUCUACUUCCCUUGUACAUAAAGCCUCAACCCCUUCUAUAUUGCCCAUUCUCUUCCUUCCCCUCAUCCCUCCACUCCUUCCCGUCCCUCCCCUCCCCUUUCGUGAUUCCCUAAAUACCUUGCUGUCACUGCUCAAUCCUUGUAGCACGCCCCUGUCAUUUAAAUAACUCUUUUGUCACCGUUUUUGUAUAAAGCGCCUUGAGUGAAGGCGCUCUAUAAAUAUCAAUUCCAUUAGAAUAAAAUAUAAUUGGAAAUUAUAUCACUAAAUCAAUGCUAUCCUAUUUUGCAUCACUCUGCUAGCUCACUACAUUCCCAUUCCAAAGCUUGCAUUUCCAUAGCUCUUCUGUCAUCUCACCAGGAGUCUAUAAUUCCGAAAGGGGGGCUCUAGAAAUAAAUUCUGCUUUAGACCCCCAAUAGGCCACCUCCACCACUGCUGCUUCAUUUGAUAGAGAAUCUCUGCUUACAGUGCACAAGUGCUGGAUAACAUUUAGUGUGUGGUAAAUAUAGCGCAGGGCUGUGGUUAGAGAGCUCAACUCUCAAUCGGAUAGGUUACGAGUUAAAAUCUCACUCGGGGGUGGGGGGAGGGGUUGGCUCAGUUGAUCAUCAUCUUUAAAGGGUUUAUAAAACCCAUGAUCCGUAAAGGGUUUGUGGAAAGUCAAUCAGCAGUGGUCAUCCUAUGGACAGACUGGCACUUGCCAUGAGAAUGUGCAAUAUCCAACACUGGGUCAGAGCAGCAGAUGAUGAGUGAUACCAAUCCCAUCGAUUCAUUGAGCAGGGAGAGACUGCCCUUUGACUUCUCGAUAUACAGUAAUUUAUACAAUUUUGGACAUGGGCGGAGUUUGCGGGGAGGGGGGGGGGCAACGCCCCACCCAAACUAAACAUUUUAUUCGUUUAUUUUCAAUAGUUUACAAUGAUGAUAAAAAAAAAUCACUAUAUGCACCCGAGAUUCCUAAUGUGAGGGACAAAGCGAACAAAGCCCCGCCCAAAUAUAGAAGUCAAACUCCGCCUAUGAUUAUGGAUCAUUUCAGAUUCACGAAUCAAAUGUCAUCGGAUCAUCCUGACCCGAUUAGUAAUAUGAUUUCAUACAACAUAAUGAAUAAUUUUAGAUUACUGAUCACAGACUGCAUUGGUUAAUCUGCUUACGGUAAUGUGGCAAUUGUAACUCGUUAUUGUUGGCUGUCGUCUCAAACACGAUGGCUGAGAGUUAGGGGGGCACAUCCACAAUUGCAUCCAGACUGCUUAAAACAGCCGGAAGCGCAGUGACAAGAGACAAUUUUUUGAUUGAAAAAAAUGUUUUUUCUCAGUCUUGAUCGUAAUUACGUACGGCCCAGAUGUCAAUCGACUGCUGGAUGAAGGCCUCCCGUCGCCGUUGCCGGUGACAGGAGUUUGAUCAUACUUCACCACAGCUCCCACCGUUAGUGACGGUGGGAGUCACCGCAGCUUGGAGGACCGGACCAGGUGUCACCACUGGUGUUAGCCAUGUCCGGAAAUGAAACUCUGGUCGUCGAGUUUGUGACGCAGGGCACCUGCCUCCUCUCCACCUGCAGUUCUGAUGCAGUGUCCAAAUAUCUUGCAGUUUCCCGGGCACACACCACGUGUGUAGCCACACACCACUGCAGACAAGAGGAGUUGUACUGCAAUAUUACCGUAUUCUCAAGAUUUGAAGAUGCUCCCCCCAAACUUGUAUCCGUUUAAAUCUAGAUUGAAAACUCAUUUCUUUAUAACUGCUUUUAGUGUAUCGUUGUCCUUCCCCCGCACCUCCGAUUAGCAGGGUUGGCUACGUACGGUGCAAAAAAGUUCAGCAUACAUACAAACUUGUGUCCCCUGUCAAUAAAGUAAGACCAAUCUGGUCACCACGCACGAACACAUCUACCGAACCAUAAUACGCACCCCAAAAUUAUGUUUGGAUAUGCAGGGGGGGAGUGUGACAUGAUCCAGAGAAUACGGUAAUUCCAGUUCCUUUGUCUCCUCAGAAACACCUCCCUGAGUCUCAAGAUCAAUUGCCAGGAGGGUCCUGCAUUUGGGAUAUGUCUGACAAAUUGCUAUUAAUUUCUUGCAUUUUCUAUUUAUUUUGCACGUGGGAAGAAACCGGAAUGCCCGGAGAAAAUCUACACAUGCAAGAGGAGAGUAGGCGAACACUGUACCACGCAGAUAGCGCAUCUGCAGCCUAUUUGUUGUACUAUACCGCCUCCUUACUGGAGUCGCCCUUGGGGGCGAAGUUAAACCUCGUCAGGAUCGUGAA